AUGGGAGUUAUUCCGUUCUUCUGUAAAAGAUACCCGAAAAUUACAAUAACAAUUAGUGGCAUUGCCAUUAUCUUUGUUUGUGCUGCUGCAUAUGAGAUUUGUAAACGUCAGAAAGGCCGUUUCAACAAAGGUUCAAAGAAAAGCGCAGCGGAUCAACCGUUACCGUCUCAUGAUUGGACCGAUAACAGAAGCACAGAACUUCAUGAGACCGCUGGUGUUGGGGAUAGCACCGAAGAGAAAAUUUUGGUACGUGCUACUGAUUACAACACUGUAAGUGAUCAUUUACCAGUGUCUAGCAUAGUGGAAAAAUUAACAGGCUCGGAAAAUCUAUGGUUGAAACGAUCCAAUACACCGGUUCAGCACGUUAAUAUGAAAAUACGUUUUUGUGUACAUGUGGAUGAAAUACCUAAAUUGAAAUACGAGAAGACUCACGCACCUAGUUAUGAAAAUAAUGACAAUGUUAAACAACAGGAAAUCAAAAGCAAUCCCAGAAUAUUCUUCGAUUGA